GUACUGCAGAUUAUGUCUGUUUGUCAUAGGGACCUUCUUGCAAGAAUAAAAACCUUUUAAAGACACUUUGUUUGUUUUUCCAAAUCAGCCUCGUCAUAAUUAAGUUUAUUUUUUCCAUGACAGACUCACAUCUUUCCAUAUGGAUUUCUAUAACUUUUGGGUUCCUUUGUUCAUUUUGGCCACUCUCGGAUGCUGUUCCCAGGGCAGUCUGCUUCUGAGCGACAAAAUAAAAGGCAUUGUAGGUAAAAAUGUGACCUUCAAAACAACAAUCACCUCAACAACGGGUUUACUAAUCGUAGCAUGGAAUUUCAACAAAAAUCAAGUUGUACCAAUAAUCACGCACAUACCAUCAUCGAACGCCACAAACAUCGAUGAGAAGUACACCGGCAGAAUCAGCUAUAAUACGACAACAUGCGAGCUUCAGCUUGGACCGCUGAUGAAGGAGGAUGAAGGAGAAUAUAUUCUCAGUAUCAUCACUGCCAAGGGAACACAACAGUCAGGACAGGUUGAUCUUGAGGUUCUUGAGCCAGUAACUGAUGUCAAGAUUUCAUCCAAUCUCCCUGAAGCUAUAGAGUUCAACAGCACCGUGAUUCUGACCUGCUCUGCCAAAGGCUCCUUUUCUUACAAGUGGUUGAAUGGUUCAGUCCCUUUGGAGGUGGAUGGCACGCAUACGAAACUGAACCAAACUGGCAAUGAGCUAACUAUUACUGAAGUUCGCCGUACAGAUCUAAGAGGACCCAUCGUCUGCAUAGCAGAGAAUGCACUGGAGUCAGGGAGGAGCGCUCCCUUCAAUCUCACUGUGAGCUAUGGCCCUGAGAAAAUCGCCAUGACGCAGACUCCAACUGAUUCAUUCCUUAAGAAAGGCUCUAACUUAGUACUCACAUGCUCAGCCGAUUCUGACCCUCCCGCUCAGCUCCGGUGGAUGUUUAACGGGGCAGAGCUGCUUCAGAUGGCCAACAUCACCAUCCCCAAUGUAGAGGAAAAAGACAGCGGCAACUAUAGCUGUGUGGCCUACAAUGCGAAGACCAAACGCAACGUUGCCUCACCGGUUGCUUUGGUGACUGUUCUGGAGGCCUUAUCUGGAACAAAUAUUUCCAGCUCCACAUCACGUCUCAUCGCUGGCAACAGCACAGUCAACCUCACCUGCUCGGCAGCCGCCGGUAAAGCUGAAACCGUGGAAUGGCUGAAGGACAGCAAACCUCUGACUCCUAGUGGCCGUGUCAUUCUUUCAACCGACAAGAAAUCUUUGACAAUUGUUCAAGUUGUUAAAGAGGAUGCGGGCGAUUACAAGUGCCAAAUGAAGAACAAAGUGAACAUGGAUGAAGCCAGCUAUAAGAUGGUGAUCAGCUACGGUCCAGAGAAUGUGAAGCUUGAAGGGAAGAAAAAUGUGAAGUUUGAAGAGCUUGUGGAGAUAAAGUGCUCUGCAGAGUCUGUCCCCCUCAGUGUGUACGCAUGGAAACUCAACGGUACAGUGAUGAACAUCAGUCAGGCAGUCUACAGAAUUGAAAAGGCCAAAGGCACAGACACUGGCACGUACACCUGCAAGGCAAUCAACCCAGUCACGGGAAUGGAGAAGGAAGCGACAUUCAAUCUCGCAGUGACAGAGGUCGGUGCGGUAGACGAGGGCCUAUCUGGAGGAGCCAUUGCUGGAAUUGUAAUUGCUGUGCUUGUGGCUGUGAUCAUCAUCGCUUGUAUUAUAAAGCGCAAGAGAAAAUCAGGCACAGAUAUUCCAUCUCCAUAUUAAAGCAAGACCUGGCAGCGAGGUGAACCGAGCAUAUCUUCAAGACCAACCCUUCAGCCAUUUAUCAGUCUUUUUUUAUCUGCAAAAGCUCUCCAUCAAGGCAACUGGAAAAACUGCCCUCACAACUGACUUAAACCUGCAGGUUUGGCCCUUUCAGGAGCUCAACCUUUUUUUAAAUGUCUAUUGUUUUUUUUAUAUCCUUUACCCUGCGCAAACGUACCCCAGACUUAAGGACACGAUAGAGGACGGCGGGUAAACAGCGAGACUGUUUACCUUUUAUCUGCAUCUCUUCCUUUCCUUGGCUGAAGUGGACAGCUUCCUUUGUUCCCCAAGAAACAUGAUACAGCCUCCAUCACCCUCUCAAUCCUUCAUCUGACCCUAAACCGACAGGUCGGUCGCCUGGCUUGACGUCUCAGAGGUCAUUUUGAAAGAGCUCUGUUUUGGGUAACAAAAUCCACCCUGAAAUGCACUGAGGGGUGAUGAGACCGUCACGUGUUUGAGAUCUCAACACACCCACAAGGCACUGAAACUUCGAGAUUUUAAGACCUGUUCAACAUGCUCGGAAGUCCCAAGGCAAUGAAGAUAUGUGGGGCCGACUUAACUUGAAGCCAGAGGCACCGCUGAGUUGUCGACGGAAGGUCACUUGUGGCAAAGCAUACCUUGGAGAUCAGAUCCAUGCUUUAAGCUUCCUAACACCUUUGCCAUGUUUUGCUACGCUUUUUUUUUAAAACACUCAUCUCUUUCUGUGUCUCUUAAGUGAGCCAUACAUAUUGUAUUUUAAAAGUAAGGCAGGCUCCAACAUGCUUGAACUGAGAAGCGGAAAGAAAAAAAAACUGCAUUUCUGAGGACAACGACAUACCACAGUUUUGCAGCGAAAUUGCUACUCUGUCCUUGGGUGUCCCCACAAAGAUUCAUCCCGCUGUAAUCCGGAUUCCAAUGGAUUCAUGUUCUAAAACAGGCCCAUUUUAAAAAUCACCUUGCGUUGACACACAGAAACAUUUGAAGUUUAAAACUGACAAGUAUUUGUGUUAAUACGUUUAAGUUGCUUAUUGUGUUCCAGUAUGUGAGAAAAUGUUUUUUUUUUUCUUUUCUUAUCAACAGAUAUCCUAAUUCUUUUAAUGUUUAGUUUUUUAACUGUGUUGCUCCUCAACCAAAGUGGUGAUCUUGAUGAUCUUGUAGUGAUCUUUUUGAUGUUGAUCAGAUCUCUCUAGAUAGAGAUGUGUUCAUUUUUAGAAAUUUUUAAGUUCAUUCCCUCGCUUUUUGGAAAUAAUAAUUAUUUUAGGAGUUACUGCCACAUAAACUUGCAAAAAGCCUCUGUUUUCAUAUAUAUUCAAAUAUAUUUUAAAAUGUAUUUCAAAAUAUACAAAAAAAUGGCUAAAUGAAAUAUGUUUUCGAUACAUUUUAGUUAAUAUUAGCUUCUAUUUUAGGCCAUUUUUUAUAUUUGUCAGUCUAAAUAUGUUUAUAUUGUCCAAUAUAAUAGAUAUAUAUUGUCCAAUGUAAUAGAAAUUCCAAUCUAUAUAUUGGAUAAUUCCAAUACAUAGAUUGGAAAUGUAUUUUGUCGACCUUUGAAAUACAUUUUGUAAUAUAUUUUGGCAUUUAAACAGUAUAUUUAAUGAAAUAUAUUUCAUUAAGUCACAUAUAAGUUACAACGUAUAUUUGAAAUCAGUUUUGGCCAGAUAAAUACAAACAAACAUGCAAAAAGAAAUGUUUAGUGCCCACUUCAGCAAGGAAUACUGGGUCACCUAAUUAAUAUUAAUGAGCUAAUCUGAUGUUUUUAAAAUACAGUAUGUCCCCGCCCACACUUUUAGAUCAUUUUUCCAACUUUAUAUGUAUGUACUGUAAGCGGCAGCCAAAACAAUCUUAAUGUAUAUGUAUGUGCAAAUCGACAGUAAAAACACACUAACACGCAUUUAUUAAAUAUAUUUGUACUCCAUUUUAGCGUUAAAACACAAAUAUCAUAAAAUGCUGAGCUGUAUAACUCCUUGCAAACCUGUAGACAGUUAAAUCUCCAGCAGCCUGCGUGUGUUUUAAGCAGUUUGGGCUGUUUGCAUGGAGAGACCAGUAAUCAUAUGAGUCUGACCACAGAUACACUGAAUUAACGGUUAGUUUGAGUUAGUUUGACUCAUCAUUUGACACGGUUUAGAUGGAAACAUCUUAUCCUUGUGUGCUUUUUAACAGAUUAUAUUAAGUGUUUUAUCAAAUAUGAAAUGUUUUCCUAUAGGCUAGAUAGAAUUUGAAAUUUAAAGGAAUUCAUCUUGUUGUGCACAACAGUUUUGUUCAGUGCUUUAAAGUUAUUUGAAGUCACCAAAUUAGGCCUGUAGAAUUUUUUUUUUUUUUUUUUUUGAGGAGAAGCACUGGAUAUUUGUGAGUAAAAUACAAUAUAUGCACGUUCAAAUCAACAUCCGUCAUUUGUGAAAUGUUCUCAGGUUUUGUUUACAGGGUGUUUAUAUUCUCUCAAAAUGACCAGUGCGGUCAUGUUUUAUAUUUUCAUUGUUGCUUUUAAUAUAAUUUAUUUUCAAAUGUUUUGCUUUUAUGUAACUGUUAUAUGUUUUGUGUUCAAAAAAAGAAUGUUUGAACUGCCCCAUUUUUUUGUCAUUCACUGAAUAAGAAAAAAUAAUUAUUGUAAAACUUACUUUAAUUAAAUUUGAUCUGUUUUCUACA